AGUUUCACUUUCAUCGCUCGUCGUGACGCAGUUUGUUCUUCUUGUCGUCGUCGUCGUUGUUCUCCUUGUUCUCCUCUUCUUCUCCGGCUGAAGUGUUUCCUCUGCAGAUGAAGGCAGAACGUCUCCGGGAGCUGACGUGGAUGUGAUUUCAGCAGCAACUAACAAGGUGGCUGCAGGUUCUCACCAACAUGAAACGUGUCCAGCAGCAGAGAGAAAAGUCUCCUGUACCCAGCUGUGUGUCCAUGAAGAGUGACCGGUCUAAAGAUGAUGGGUUUGACUUCAAAGAUGGACGUCCUCCCCAUGACCCAGUUGUCCAGCAGCAGAGAGAAAAGUCCCCUGUACCAAGCUGUGUGUCCAUGAAGAGUGACUGGUCUAUGGAUAGUGGGCUUAACUUCAAAGAUGGACGUCCUCCCCAUGACCCAGUUGUCCAGCAGCAGAGAGAAAAGUCCCCUGUACCCAGCUGUGUGUCCAUGAAGAGCGACCGGUCUAUGGAUAGUGGGCUUAACUUCAAAGAUGGACGUCCUCCCCAUGACCCAGUAGUGGACCAGGAGAGCUCAGAGGUUCCCAGAGGUCAGUCUGCCCAGCAGCAUCAGACACACCUGGACUCCAUAUUUAUGCUUCUGCAGGAAAACAUCAUUCUUUUUGUGAAGAACGAGCUGAAGGAGAUCCAGAAACUUCUGAGUUCUGACGACCCAGAAUCUUUAGAGAGUCAGAGGAAGGAUGAGGAGGAUGAAGAGCAGAUGAGGAGCAGCAGAGAGAUGUUUCAGAUAAUCACAAAGCACUUCCUGAGGAGAAUGAAGCAGGAGGAGCUGGCUGACUGUCUGCAGAGCAGAAGUAAUUCGGGGGUUUGUCAGAAAAGACUGAAGUCCAACCUGCAGAAGAAGUUCCAGUGUGUGUUUGAGGGGAUCUCUAAAGCAGGAAACCCAACCCUUCUGAAUCAGAUCUACACAGAGCUCUACAUCACAGAGGGAGGGACUGCAGAGGUCAAUGAGGAACAUGAGGUCAGACAGAUUGAAACAGCAUCCAGGAAACCAGACAGACCAGAAACAACAAUCAGACAAGAAGACUUCUUUAAAGCCUCACCUGGAACAGAUAAACCAAUCAGAACAGUGCUGACAAAGGGAGUGGCUGGCAUUGGGAAAACAGUCUUAACACAGAAGUUCACUCUGGACUGGGCUGAAGACAAAACCAACAAGGACAUCCACUUCACGUUUCCAUUCACUUUCAGAGAGCUGAAUGUGCUGAAAGAGAAAAAGUUCAGCUUGGUGGAACUUGUUGAUAACUUCUUUCCUGAAACCAAAGAAGCAGGAAUCUGGAGGUUUAAAGAGUUCCACGUUGUGUUCAUCUUUGAUGGUCUGGAUGAGUGUCGACUUCCUCUGGACUUCAACAAAACUAAAAUCCUGACUGAUGUCACAGAGUCCACCUCAGUGGAUGUGCUGCUGACAAACCUCAUUGAGGGGAAUCUGCUUCCCUUUGCUCGCCUCUGGAUAACCACACGACCUGCAGCAGCCAAUCAGAUCCCUCCUGGCUGUGUUGACAUGGUGACAGAGGUCAGAGGGUUCACUGACCCACAGAAGGAGAAGUACUUCAGGAAGAGAUUCAGAGAUAAGAAGCAGGCCGGCAGAAUCAUCUCCCACAUCAAGACAUCACGAAGCCUCCACAUCAUGUGCCACAUCCCAGUCUUCUGCUGGAUCUCUGCUACAGUUCUGGAUCUGAUGAAUACCAGAGAAGGAGGAGAGCUGCCCAAGACCCUGACUGAGAUGUACAUCCACUUCCUGGUGGUUCAGUCCAAAGUGAAGAACAUCAAGUACGAUGGAGGAGCUGAGAUAGAUCCACACUGGAGUCCAGAGAGCAGGAAGAUGAUUGAGUCUCUGGGAAAACUGGCUUUUGAUCAGCUGCAGAAAGGACACCUGAUCUUCUAUGACUCAGACCUGACAGAGUGUGGCUUCGAUAUCAGAGCAGCCUCAGUGUACUCAGGAGUGUUCACACAGGUCUUUAGAGAGGAGAGUGGACUGUACCAGGACAGGGUGUUCUGCUUCGUCCAUCUGAGUGUUCAUGAGUUUCUGGCUGCUCUUCAUGUCCAUCUGACCUUCAUCAACUCUGGACUCAAUCUGAUGUCAGAGGAACCAACAGAGACGCGUCUCUACCAGAGUGCUGUGGACAAGGCCUUACAGAGUCCAAAUGGACACCUGGACUUGUUCCUCCGCUUUCUCCUCGGUCUUUCUCUGGAGACCAAUCAGAUUCUCCUCAGAGGUCUGCUGACACAGACAGGAAGUAGCUCACAGACCAAUCAGGAAACAGUCCAGUACAUCAAGGAGAAGAUCAACAAAGAGCUCUCUGCAGAGAGAAGCAUCAACCUGUUCCACUGUCUGAAUGAACUGAAUGAUCGUUCUCUAGUGGAGGAGAUCCAACGGUCCCUGAGAAAUGGACGUCUCUCCACAGAUAAGCUGUCUCCUGCUCAGUGGUCAGCUCUGGUCUUCAUCUUACUGUCAUCAGAAACAGAUCUGGACGUGUUUGACCUGAAGAAAUACUCUGCUUCAGAGGAGGCUCUUCUGAGGCUGCUUCCAGUGGUCAAAGCCUCCAACAAAGCUCUGCUGAGUGGCUGUAACCUGUCAGAGAGAAGCUGUGAAGCUCUGUCCUCAGUCCUCAGCUCCCAGUCCUCCAGUCUGAGAGAGCUGGACCUGAGUAGCAACAACCUGCAGGAUUCAGGAGUGGAGCGGCUGUCUGCUGGACUCAACAGUCCACAUUGUAAACUGGGAACUCUCAGACUGAGUGGCUGUAACCUGUCAGAGAGAAGCUGUGGAGCUCUGUCCUCAGUCCUCAGCUCCCAGUCCUCCAGUCUGAGAGAGCUGGAUCUGAGUAACAACAACCUGCAGGAUUCAAGACUGGAGCAGCUGUGUCCUGGACUGGAGAGUCCACAUUGUAAACUGGUAACUCUAAGACUGAGUGUAUGUAACCUGUCAGAGAGAAGCUGUGGAGGUCUGUCCUCAGUCCUCAGCUCCCAAUCCUCCAGCCUGAGAGAGCUGGACCUGAGUAACAACAACCUGCAGGAUUCAGGAGUGGAGCGGCUGUGUCCUGGACUGGAGAGUCCACAUUGUAAACUGGGAACUCUCAGUCUGUCCGGCUGUCUGGUCUCAGAGGACGGCUGUUCUUCUCUGGCCUUAGCUCUGAGAUCCAACCCCUCCCACCUGAGAGUCCUGGACCUGAGCUACAACCACCCAGGAGACUCAGGACGGAAGCUGCUGGAGGAUCCACGCUGCAGACUGGACACUCUCAGGGCGGAGCCUGCUGGAGUCCACUGGAUGACAUCAGGUCUGAGGAAGUAUCGGCGUCAACUCACAGUCGACACAAACACAGUCAGCAGAGACCUCAAACUGUCUGACAACAACAGGACGGUGACACGUGUGGAGGAGCAUCAGUCGUAUCCUGAUCAUCCAGACAGGUUUGAUCUCUGGUCUCAGCUGCUGUGUGGAACUGGUCUGACUGGUCGCUGUUACUGGGAGGUUCAGUGGAGCGGAGGCGUUGGUGUAGCAGUGAGUUACAGAGGAAUCAGACGGAGAGGAAACAGUGAUGACUGUCUGUUUGGAUUCAAUGAUCAGUCCUGGAGUCUGUUCUGCUCUGGUGGUCGCUACUCUGUCUAUCACAAUAACAGAAGAACAAACAUCUCCUCCUCCUCCUCCUCCUCCUCCUCCUCCUCCUCCUCCUCCUCCUCCUCUGGUACAGUAGCAGUGUAUGUGGACUGUCCUGCUGGCUCUCUGUCCUUCUACAGAGUCUCCUCUGACUCUCUGAUCCACCUCCACACCUUCAACACCACAUUCACUGAAACUCUUUAUCCUGGGUUAGGGUUAGUGUCUGACUCCUCAGUGUCUCUGAGAGAGGACAGACUGUCUCCUCCUGUUAGAGGACAGACUGUCUCCUCCUGUUAGAGGACAGACUGUCUCCUUCUGACUGUAUAAAUAAAAGUAAAAUACGCAUGUCCUGUCAAAGUUUCAGAAUAAAACGCCUGUAAUGUAAAUAAUGGGACUGAUUUCAAAACAUAUUUCGUUAAGAAAACUUUAAUUAAAACAACUUUUUUUUAUUAUUGUUAAACAGUCCUUUCAAUUUGCUCUUUAUCUUAAAAUGUAAUUAUGGAUCAUAUAUCAGGAUAAAUAAUCAGCUGAUAAUAGAAAAUAUACAUUAUUAUGUGUUAUUCUGAUGAUUAAAUAAUAGCUGGUAAAUGAACUAACUUCCACAGAAUGAGGCAGUUUGCAGAUAAAUCAACAUGUAUUGAUAACUUGUCUGAUUAUGUCAAAUAAUAAAAUCUGAAUCAUUUGUUAAAAUUCUCUAUGAAAUAAAAAAAUAUGUUUGUGAUGUUUUUUUUAUGUAUUUUGUUUGAGCCAAUAAAUAUAUUUGAAGAGUCA